AUGCCUACCCCAUUGUCCCCCAUUUCCUCCCCCUCCGACCCGCCUGAGAACCGCCUCCAAAGGCGGUUCUCGGGCUUAUCGGCCUCGUCACAAGCUCCACGUUCGCCCACCGACAAUAAUGGCCAGGCUCCGGUGAUCACAGAAGAGAUUAGUGAGAUCAAGCGAUACGAAGAUUUUACGACCAUCGACUGGGUCCAGGAUGCGGUACACGAGCAAGCGCGACGGCGGGUUAAGCGGCAGGAGGGCUUCGGUUUCUGGGAGAAAGAGGGCGCAUUUAAAUGGAGACAGAAAGUACGGGAAUCUUACGACGCUGGACAAGCAUGGCUUGUCAUCACAAUAGUUGGGGCAGCCAUUGGGUUGAUAUCAGCCGUGUUGAAUAUUAUUACCGAGUGGUUGUCGGAUGUCAAGUUGGGCUACUGCACAAGCGCGUUUUAUCUUAACGAAUCGUUCUGUUGCUGGGGAGCGGAGGAAGGUUGCCCUGAGUGGAGAAGCUGGACUUCUUACUGGAUCGUGAACUACGUCCUAUACAUUUUCUAUGCGGUUUUAUUCUCGUUUAUAGCUGCGAAGCUAGUCAAAUCAUUCGCACCUUAUGCCGCGGGCUCAGGUAUCUCAGAGAUAAAAUGUAUCAUUGCGGGAUUCGUUAUGAAAGGCUUUUUGGGUGGGUGGACACUAUUGAUCAAAUCAAUUGCCCUCCCGCUGGCCAUCGCGUCCGGACUGUCGGUAGGUAAAGAAGGGCCAAGCGUUCACUUUGCUGUCUGCGCAGGAAACGUCAUCUCGCGGUUUUUCACCAAAUACAAGCGGAGCGCAUCGAAGACCAGAGAGGUUCUGACAGCAACUGCGGCAGCUGGUGUUGCUGUUGCAUUUGGAAGUCCGAUUGGUGGUGUACUAUUCUCUCUUGAGGAAAUGGCGUCUUAUUUCCCACUGAAAACUUUAUGGCGGAGCUAUUUCUGUGCCCUGGUUGCGACUGGGGUACUGUCCGUGAUGAACCCUUUCAGAACUGGACAACUUGUGAUGUUUCAAGUUCAGUAUGACCGGACGUGGCAUUUCUUCGAGUUGCUAUUUUUCGUCAUUAUUGCUGUCUUUGGUGGAUUGUAUGGAGCGCUGGUGAUCAAGUGGAAUCUCCGCGUUCAAGCAUUCAGGAAGAAAUACCUCUCCCAGCAUGCUGUGGUUGAAUCUGUUGUCUUAGCCGCGAUCACGGCAGUGAUCUGUUUCCCGAAUGUGUUCUUGAAAAUCAACAUGACAGAAAUGAUGGAAGUCCUGUUCCAGGAAUGCGAAGGAGAACAUGACUAUCACGGACUUUGCCAGUCCAAAUAUCGUUGGUCAACAGUUGCGUCCCUAGCUACUGCGACGGUUUUGCGGAUAUUACUCGUGAUAAUAUCCUAUGGCUGCAAGGUACCCGCUGGGAUCUUUGUUCCGUCAAUGGCGGUUGGGGCAUCGUUCGGUCGCAUGGUCGGUAUCAUGGUCCAAGCACUACAUGAAUCUUUUCCAGAUUCGAAGUUUUUUUCAGCUUGCGAACCUGAUGUUCCUUGUAUUACUCCGGGAACGUACGCAUUCCUAGGUGCGGGUGCGGCUCUGAGUGGAAUAAUGCACUUGACUAUUUCGGUGACCGUCAUAAUGUUCGAAUUGACUGGGGCUUUAACCUAUAUCCUUCCCACCAUGAUCGUGGUUGGUGUGACGAAGGCUGUCAGUGAUCGCUUCUCAAACGGCGGUAUAGCUGACCGCAUGAUUUGGGCCAACGGGUUUCCAUUCCUUGAUAAUAAGGAAGAUCACGUUUUCAAUGUUCCCGUUUCACACGCCAUGACAAGCGAUCCUCUUUCUCUUCCGGCAUCUGGUUUCCCCCUGCGCGAAGCAGAACAUCUUCUGAGCGAUAACAAAUUUCAGGGUUUCCCGAUUGUUGAAGACCGCUCAAGCAAAACCCUGGUCGGCUAUAUUGGCCGUACAGAGCUGGGUUAUGCCAUUAAGCGAGCUAGGAUGGAAGGCAUGAUGUCGCCCAACGCUCAAUGUGUAUUCACAAAGGAAGCAGCGGAGGCUUCAGUGGCUCGUCGCGCCUCGCGCACACAUUUAGCCCCAGAUACCUUUGACAAUAUCCAAAGCAGCUCCGGGUCCAAUUUUGUGGACUUUAGCCGAUAUGUCGACCACACUCCACUAACUGUCCACCCCCGACUACCAUUAGAGACCGUUAUGGAGAUUUUCAAGAAAAUGGGUCCACGUGUUAUUCUGGUAGAACACCGUGGGCGAGUUACUGGGCUCGUCACGGUCAAGGACUGCCUUAAGUACCAGUUUAAGGUAGAGGCCGAGGAGCAAGCACUGGCGGCGACACAGCAAGCGGAGCUUCCUCUGGGAGCGUACCAACACGCGAGGGACGCCAAUACGUUAGAAGAACGUAUUUGGAACUUUAUGCAGAAUAUUGGAUCCAAGUUCUCCAAGAUGUCGGGACGGCCACGAGAUGCCAGGCCUAUCCCGCAAGAGGAUCGAUCUCCAUCUACCACAUUGGCCGGGACAGAAGACGACGAUGCAGACGAUGGCAUGGUCGAGUUGGAAGAGAGACAUUAG